AUGUCGGUCGGUCCCCAGGGACGGAAGCGACGCCGGACGGGCGGUGCUGAGAGACGGGAACAGAAGCUGACGGCAACCAAAGACUGCAAACGAAGUCCGACCAUUUGCGAGGCCUCAGCUCUACCCUCAGGCGCAACAUCCUUCUCCCGGCGACCGGCGGCUCCGGCGGUCCCGCGGCUCCGGCGGUCCCUCAGCUCCGCCCAUCCUUCGGCUCCGUCCCGCCCUCAGCUCCGUCCCGCCCUCAGCUCCGCCCGUCCCUCGGCUCUGCCCGUUCCGCUGCGACUCCGGUCCCGCUACCUGCCUCGGCUCCUGCCUCUUCGCUUGGUUACGGCGACGCUUCUCUCUCUGAGGACUGACCGACAUGGCGGCGGCCACCACAGCCUUCUCCUUCGCCUCCUCCUCCGCCUUGCUGCGCCGGGGCUGGGUGCCGCUGAGGCGGUGGCGAUCCCUCACUCGCAGCGCCAGCAGUUCCCCUCGCAGCACCGACAGAUACGCGGCGGUGAUCGGGGAGUUUUCCUCCGCGCUCCUUCCUUUUCUUCCUCCUCCUCCUCCUCCUCCUGCUGCUCCUGCUGCUCCCGCUCCUCGAUCCCCUCACGCUGUGGCGGGCAGCGCGCGCCGCGCUCGGUGGGCGAAAAGGGCGCGAAACGCCUGAGGGGGCAGCGGGCUCGGCUCCCCUCGGGGUUUCCUCAGCAGAUUUCAAGCGCCUGUACUAAAAGCGUUGUCUUUGCUCUGGGUUUUCAGACGUGGAAAGCUAAAGAAAAGAAAUUGCAUGGACAUAGGAAGGGGAGGUGUCUGUCAGAGCAGGGUUAUGCCCCAUCCCAGGCACAAGGAAAAACUGCCAGGCAAGGACAGAUGGCUCCUGCCCCGGAUUUCAUUCUGGGGCCUGAAGGGGCGUUUUGUUCCGGGCGAACCGUGGAAAGCCGGCAUUUCUGGCAGAGACACAAAGGAUUAAAGAAACAGAGAAGCAGAUUCUGCACCACACUGACAGAAGAGCUCAUCUGUGUCUCUUAAAGAUUGCUGUAAUUAAAAGUAACACUUCUUCUCUCAAAUAACAUAACACUUCUUGA